AUGAUAGACAGCCUCAUCGAUUCCUCCGACUUUCAAGACACGGCGAGGCGGUUUUCCGCCUUUGCGUCGCGAGCGCAGCGGCAGCUCGUUGCCGCCGCCUCAUCCGGUGGAGGGCAGGCCAGCGGGCCGACAGAGGAGGAGCUGGCUGCGCAGCUUCAUGCGCAUCUCGCCUCGCUCCCCGCAGCCGACGCAGAGCACGCGUCCUACAGCCUUGUGGCCAAGCUACAUGAGAGGGCGUGGCUAGGCCCCGAGCUAGCGCGGCGAGCGCCUUGCGGCGAUUUGCUCCCCUUUUUGCUGCUUGGUGAGGCGCUGGAAGGCUUCGAGCCCGCAGCCGAGGUUGGUUUCAUGACGGAGAUCGCGCGGCGAUACAGGGAGGACGAUGCCUGAGAUGGCAGGGCGCGGGGCGGGCGGCUUUUGUGAGCGCCGGGGGAACGUGUGUCUCCCGGGGAACCGACACUCUCCGGAGAGCGCGGUCGACACGCCCGGGGGUCUCGUGCUCGACUCGUGGGUGCGCGCGCGGGGGACGGGGGUCCAGAGGGUCUGUGACUGUGUGUUCCCCACAUUGAACAUCUUGCUUUUUCGUUUUUGGAUCCGAUCG